UUUUCUUUGUGAAGAAACCUGGGUGUUAAUGGUACAGGAUUGGGUACCAUUGUACACUUCUGGCUGGCUGUUAGUAAAGCUACUGGAUGCCUGUGGACAAAAAAGUAGAAGAUGGAGAAAUAUGAGCAAUGAGACUAGGAAAUAGGUUCAAAUCAGUCUCAUUUUUAAAGAGUGUUUGUUCUGCUAGCCACUUGUAGAUGUGUAUUCAGAAAAUAGCAAUUUUAAAGAAGCUUAGUAUUGAGAGUCGAAAAGAAUUUGCCAAAGGAAGGAGCUGAGAUUAAAUAACUGACUGGUAAAAAUCUAAAAUAAAAUAAAGCAACAAUCAGCAAGAAAAGCUGACGAAUCCUUCUAUUCUACAGGUGUAUUUUUUUACAGGAUACAGCAAUGGAAGCUUGGUCAGUUGAUCAGGUCUGCAGUUGGUUGGUGGAGAAAAACUUAGGAGAGCUAGUUCAUAGGUUUCAAGAGGAGGAAGUAAGUGGGGUCGCCCUUCUAGCACUUAAUGAUCGGAUGGUUCAGCAGCUGGUGAAAAAAAUUGGGCACCAGGCAGUUCUGAUGGAUUUAAUUAAAAAGUAUAAGGAGAAGAGUCAAGGACUGACGUCUCCCGGAAGCCCUAAAGAACCAGCCCAGCUUGUGCAAACAGCAGCAGCCCCAGACAAUGAACAGUCUUCCAGUCCAGCCAACUGUAGGGAGCAGAUUGCAUCUUUCUGUCCAGCUGAAAACCUUGAUACUGGACUAAUUGACCAAAGAGUACUGAAACAGAGAAGGAAUGUGAAACAUGUCCUAGCGAGGAACAAAGCAUUACAAUGGACUAAGUCGUACGUUUUGCCAGAGUUUCCCUAUGAUGUCAAAUGCAUGUUAGCAGAACAGAAGUGUCCAGAUCACAGCAUGAGGAUAAGGAUCAUUGAGUUCCUCCAGGCCGACAUGACUAAGUACCUGGAAGGCUCACUGUAUCCCACCACCCAGCAGUAUAAUGACGUGGUCAACACCCUGCUGCAGGCCCACCCUUUCCUGGACGAGGACGGCUGUGGCUUUUUUUUAUGGAAACGAGCCCUCAAAGAUCGCUUUAAAUAUGUUCGAAGACCCAUAGAAGAUGAUGAACAAGUGAUGAGAAACAAAUGUAAAUUUGGACACCGAAGAGGCCAGACAAGGAAAUCUCUUGCUGAUAUAAGAUUUGAUGAAAUUAAAAUUGUCCAGAUAAAAGAAGAAGCUAUUUGUUUAGGUUCUGAGGUAGAUGAACAUAUUAGCUGGUUCCAGCAAGAAUAUAUGAAAAUAGAAAAGGACUGGAGAGAAAUCGAUAAGAGAAUGAGCCAGACUUUGCAAAUAAGAAGGAAGUUGAUUGGAAGCAGAACACCUCUGAAGGACAUUCUUAAUAUGUUUCCUUUCUUGAAGUGCCCUUAUCAGUUGUUUAGAGAAUUUCAACUUCUUACAAGAACAGAUAUUUAUAAGAAAACAAAGCACAUUUUGGAAUCGUAUUCAGAAAAUAUACUGACUUCUUUUUCAGUGGUGGACAAUCCAAUCAAUAUUGCACUGCAAGAAAACAUGAAACAGCACACAGAUGAAGACAUGUUGAAAUAUAUGAAGAUGACAGCUACAUGUUUACUCCUACCAGAUGUUUUUGGGGAUGAUCCCAGCCUUUUUGUCAUUGUGAAUGAGAAGGUGCAAGUGUCCACGCCUGUGUUAGAAGUUAAGAAUCCUUUCAACAUUGAUGUCUGUGAAUUUUCUUUGUAUUUAGAAAAAGAGAGACUCACAAAAGUGGAUGACUGUGUAACGGGCUUGGCGGCUCUCAUAGCUGCCUUUCAUGUAUUUGGGAUCCAGUGUCCCACACGAUUGUCCCAAACCCUCAACUUCCUGGAGACAUUAAUUUUUGAUAUGCACAGUCCCCACUUUCCAUCUAUGAAAGAAAAGGAUGCAGGAUUUCAACACCCAGUCAGUUAACAGCAUGCCAAAUAAUGUAUCAAAAUUCCUAUCUGGAACAGCUGAAACUUUAUAAAAAACAUUUUGAAUUAGGGUUGCGGUACAGUAGAUAUUAGAAAAUCAUCUUAUUUCAAAGAUGCGAAUGAAUUUCAAUGCCUUCUAUGUUUACACUUAAAUUCUUUGUUAAAUUCUGUAAUAUACUACUACUUAAUUAAA